ACCUUCUCUUCUCCAGCUAUUGUGGACAGGAAUUGGACGUACUCUCCCAUUAGGGGAAAGUAGAAACCAUUUUAAGUGCUUUCUUGUCCUCCGAAACUCCCUCAUCCAGAGGGCUUUGAGUUGUUUGUACUGCUAACAAUCACCAUGAAGUGGACAUGGGUGUUUUUAGGGUUCUACUUCCUCUCUUUGGGAGCACUGUCUUUGGGAGAGAAGGGCUUGGAGAUCCCCGAGUAUGACGGCAAAGACCGUGUCCAUACCCUCACUGCCAAGAACUACAAGUCCAUCAUGAGGAAGUACGACGUAAUGGUGAUCUACUACCACAAAAAUGUGGAUGGGAAUCGAAGCGCCAUGAAGCAGCUUCAGAUAGAGGAACUGGCUUUGGAGCUUGCAGCUCAAGUUCUGGAUGAGUUCGAAGACGAGGACAUCGGGUUUGGUCUGGUGGAUGAAAAGAAGGCCUCUGCUGUUGCCAAGAAGCUGGGUCUGGAUGAAGUCGACAGCAUCUACAUCUUUGCAGACAAUGAAAUAAUUGAGUACGAUGGAGAGCUGGCUGCAGAUACCAUUGUUGAGUUUCUAUACGAUGUGAUUGAAGACCCUGUGGAGAUCAUCGACAACGACCGAGAGCUGAAGGGUUUCUACAACAUGGAUGAUGUCAUCAAACUGGUCGGCUACUUCAAGAGCGAGAGAUCCUCCCACUUUAUAGAGUAUGAUGACGCAGCUGAAGAGUUCCACCCCUUCGUCAAAUUCUUCGCAACAUUUGACCCCAAGAUUGCCAAAAAGCUAAAGCUGAAGAUGAAUGAAGUGGAUUUCUACGAACCCUUCAUGGGAGAACCCGUCACCAUUCCAGGAAAGCCUUACAUCGAGUCUGAGAUCAUUGAAUACAUCGAACAGCAUGACAGACCAACGUUGAGGAAGCUCCAACCACACAGCAUGUAUGAGAUCUGGGAAGACGAUAUCAACGGAGAGCACAUAGUCGCUUUUGCUGAAGAGGAUGAUCCAGAUGGUUUUGAGUUUCUGGAGAUCCUGAAGGAAGUAGCGCGCGACAACACAGAUGACCCCAACCUCAGCAUCAUUUGGAUCGACCCAGACAAUUUCCCCCUGCUGGUUCCAUACUGGGAGAGAACCUUUGGCAUCGACCUUUCGUCUCCUCAGAUCGGAGUCGUCGACGUUAAGGACGCUGACAGCGUGUGGAUGGACAUGGACGAUCAGGAUGACAUGCCGACGGCCGAAGAGCUGGAGCAGUGGAUAGAGGAUGUUCUGUCUGGAAAGAUCGAUCCUGAUGAUGAUGAAGGCGAUGAUGAAGAUGACGAUGAUGAUGAUGAUGAUGACGAUGACGACGAUGAUGAUGAUGAAGACGACGAUGAUGAAGAUGACGACGACGAUGAUGAUGCAGAUGAUGAAGACGACGAUGAUGAAGAUGAUGAUGAUGACAACGACGAUGAUGAUGAUGAUGAUGAUGAUGAUGACGAUGACGACGACGAUGAAGAUGACGAUGAUGAAGACGACGACGAUGAAGAUGACAAUGAAGACGACGAUGAUGAAGACGAUGAUGAAUAAUUUAUGUUUUCAUCACUUUGCCGUUAAUGGAGAAACUCCAAAGUUUUUCCAUUAAACUAAAACAUCUGGCAGCAAACAGACCUGACUCUUUGAACCUCACAUGUUUCCCCUUGUUGCUGCAACGACUUGAGGGGAAACGCUGUCAGCUAGGAAGGAGGUUUCCAUUAAAACUGGACGAUUCUCCCACAGAUGGCUACUAGUGUUCAUGUUCAAAAUGUCUCUAAUGGCUGCCCGUCUCCCACCUUCGGACAACUUAAUGUCAAUAAAUGUAAAAUCAGGCAGAGACAAAGUUUCUAAAGGGUUCCAAUGUGAUAUGACUCUUUCUCAAGUUUACUCUAACCUUGAUUCAGUGACAAUGAGAACAAACUCGUUCUUGUUAUAGCUUGAAAAUAAGAAUUAAAUUUCACUGGACGGUCUUAAAUUCAACAAAUCAGUCAUUGAAAAUGUAUGUCGGAGGUAAUAAACUUGAGAUUGUUUUC